ACGAGCUGAGCACGGGCUAUGCGUCUGGCUUGCAAAAUGAUGUAAUAUUGCACCAGCCCCACCCUGUUACUCCCAGACAACGCCCAUUGACUCAUGAAUAAUAAUGUGUUAAUAGUUAAAUGGUGCUUAUUUUUUGUUGUAGGUUUUAUAAGAUAAGGAUUAAUUUUCCUGCUUUUAACAAAGCAAGAAUUAUGAGCAUAGUGACAGCCUCAUCUACUGAAGAUUUGCUUGGUGAAAAAGUUGAGCAAGCCACUGCUACGAAAAAGUCAAAAAUAUUCGAUUUUAAAAUGUGGAAUAAAAGACACGUUGCAUUUAAAGUGCUGUAUUUAGGUUGGGAUUACAGUGGUCUAGCAUUACAAGAUACCACAACCGAAACGAUUGAAGCUAAGUUAUUCGAUGCAUUGCUAAAGACAAAAUUAAUUGAGGAUCCAUCACAAAGCAAUUAUAGUAGGUGUGGACGCACUGAUAAAGGAGUAUCUGCAUUUGGACAAGUAAUUACACUUGAUGUGAGAACAGCACUCUUAGAAGGAGAAGGAGUCAUUGUACCAGAAGGCAGCAAAGCAAUCGAAAGAAAAGGCGACAAGAUUAUAGAGCUGCCAUACCUUAAUAUGCUAAAUAGAGUUCUUCCUAAAGACAUCAAACUGUCAGCUUGGGCACCAGUGCCACCUCAAUUCAGUGCAAGGUUUAACACAAUGCAUAGGAUUUACAAGUAUUACUUUCCCAUGGGCUCAAUGGAUAUUGAACUUAUGAGGGAAGGAGCAAGGAAAUUUAUUGGACAUCAUGACUUUAGGAAUUUCUGCAAAUAUGAUACUAAUGAUCUAGCUACACAAUCUAUUAAGUUUGAUAGGACAAUACUAGACAUCAAAAUAGAGCCUUUGGAUCAAAAUAGCUCUGUUGUAUCAUCUCAUCAGCUAUAUGCAUGCACUGUGACUGGUCUUGCUUUCCUAAGACAUCAGAUUCGUUGCAUGAUGUCACUUUUGUUUUUAGUAGGUCACAAGCUAGAGCAACCAAGUAUUAUAGAUUACAUGCUGGAUAUUAGCCAGUGCCCAGGGAAGCCACAAUAUGGCAUGGCAGCAGAUUUCCCUCUGGUUCUGCAUGACUGCGUUUUCCAAGACAUUGAAUGGCAAUACUUGGACUAUUCCUAUGUGAAUGUAAUAAGUGAACUCCAGAAAGCUUGGACCUAUCACAUGACACAGGCUAUGAUAGUUAAAAGCAUGAUAGACCAAUUGGAAGGCAUCGAUACUUCUUCUUUUUCUCCUUCUUUGCUCCCUCUCCCUACUAAUUAUCUCUUUCCUGUUCUUAAGACUGAUCAUAAAUUGGGUAAAUCUUACAAGCCGAUUAGAAACAGACCAACCUCUGGUUCUUAUGAAGAACGCUGUGAGAACUACAAAGCAGCAAAAAAGAGAAAAUUGGAAGACGGGAGCAGCUCUGAAAAUACUUAAAUAAUAUCAUUUCUCACUCAUGAUUUCUCUCUAUCAUACAGUAUGUGAAUGAAUUUGUACUAUUGUACUUCUUAAAAAGCAAUAUUUGUUGUAAAUUUGAAUAUUAAACACACAA